AUGGAUCCCACUACUCCACAACACCAAAAAGAGGAUUUCCGCACUUUUGUCACUAGAGUGAACGUCAAAUUUGGUCUUGAGAUUCCCCUCCCUGGAAUUGAGUCCCCUUCAGCCCGAGAGAGAAAUAACAGCCUCCCUAGUCAGAUCUACAAGCAUAUCCGCCCGCUGUUCUUCAAUAACCAGGUCGACAAAAGAAGCCUACUAAACAAUCUCGAGGAAUGGGUCCGCGGGAACCUACCAUUGGCCGGUUCGAACCAGAACCAUGUCUAUCAAACCAACGCAGAUCGCCGGGCUAGGCAACGGCACCAGAGCGAGGAACCAGCGCCCCCACUCUCGCUCACCGGCCCUGAGAAGGAUAUGUGCAUGAAGCAGCUACUAGCGCUCAUGGAAGACGAGGAAUAUCUUUUAGCAAAUGGCCGUGUCGUAAACACGAAAAAAAGGUUAGCCGCUAAUUCUUUGGGAGAUGCCAAGGGCUUAUCACCAAAAAAACAAAGGUUUGAUGAUGAAGAUGAAGACGAAAACUUCCACACUACACCGAGUUCCCCCGUGAAAGGAUCUAUGCUAGUUCAGUCCCCUCUGGGAAAGAACGGGGAUGGCGGUUGGCAAUCUCCAGAGAUGGUGCAGGUUGCCUUUCAAAGACCUCGAAGGAUCUCUGGGACUGUCAACUUGCCAGUCAAUAAUCAACGAUCAAUUCAGUCUCUUGCGCAGGGGUCGGUGGGAAUUGCAUCGCCAACAAAACGUCAAGUCAACGCGGCACCCGGAAGGAACGAUAGACUCAUGCUGUCGCCUGGAAAUAAUAAAGAGAAAUUCCACUCCCCGGCGAAGUAUUCAGCGACCUUUCCUCCGCCAGCAAAGGCACAAUCACCACAGGGUCAAGUGCGUCACCAACCGGUCCCGAGGAGAGUGGUCACAAAAUCACCAUCCAAGCCACAAGGCUAUGUUUCCACUCAGACAAGGAAGUCGACGAGUAUUUCGUCGCCAGCGAACACUCCAUGGGCUGCUCAAUCACCCGCGAGGAAUCCUGGAUCUCUCCGAUCGCCAUCGAAAACCCCAACAUCAGCCAAAUCACCCUCCCAAUCGUCGUUGAGACAGAUGGAUCUUCGAUCUUUUGGGUUUGGCAACAGCUUCAACAACGGAAAUUCUUCUACCGAGGAAGACUUUGAGUUUAAGAAGCCUACUUUGUAUGAAAAGCUUAGGGCGGCAUCCGAUGAAUCGAAGCGCAACCAGCCAGCCAACACUAGCGUUUCAACAACGGUCACUUCCUCGGUAUUUAUGUCUCGCGGUGCCAGCAUGGAGCAAUCUUUUGAUACGGUCGUGACCGAAAUAACAGAGCCAAUGAACACACAAUCAACCUAUGCAGAUUCAGUUAUCGGGUACAUGGUUGGCGACGAGAUGCAAAGGAAUGUGGAUGCUGCUGCUAUCUCCAUGAUGGUAAAUGCUGACCCUGCUGAGACGGAGUUUUCACUGAAACAGGAGUUUGUUGGCGAGCUCCUGUCCUACGGCCCAUUUUCUGCAGAAGAAUCCUUCUCGGCGACAAUUCCAUUGCGAUUUCGAUAUGAGUUGGAGCGAAUUGGACGUGCGUGGGGAAUGCCCUUCAAACAAAUCCUCGUUGGCGACCGUGUAACGUUCAACACCCAAGAUAAUUUCUGGUCAUGGGUUGGCGGGCUUGGGCGACGUUAUGGCCGUCCGUUGCCAGAGAGAUCGCCGCGCCGUGCUUGGGAUGCUGCUAUUGGUGAUUUCAAAUCAGACAAGCACUCAGAGGUGGUGGUGCUAUCAGGAGACUUGGACUGGUGUAAUGAGUCCGAGCCGGGUAUUUUCAAAUUAAGACUCAAUCCGCUCAAGCCAGAGCGGACGUGUCGAUUCCACCGAAGAUUUGGUUCGGAUAGAUUCCUGACUCUUACUAUUCCAGCCGCAGAUCAGCCUCCCAGCCAUCAGAAACAACCUUCGUACCCAUCUGCUCUUCGUGAAAGUAUUGCUUCCUGGCUCACGCGGAAUGACCAUCAUUGUCUCGGACGGACGUGGCGGGCAUUCUACGUUGAAGAAGUAAAGACUAAGCGGAAAGCCAAGGCUGAGGCUCGAUUUCGAGUCGAGCUCUUCGCUAUUGAUGGCGACGACUUUGAUCACGGGUAUCAGUUACCACCAGUAGUGGCUCCCCCUCAACAGCAAAGUGACAAUCAUACUCCGAUGGGUGUCGAUGCUUUGCUGGAAUGGCAUAUGCCCAAGACUGCGAAUGCGAAUCAAAGCAACUGCAAGCUCUUCCAGCGUAUCUCUUUGGGCUUGUCGAAGACAUUUGCGACGGUUAAGUUAAAACCAACGCAAGUGCUUCGGUUAAGAGACGAUCCAACCAGGACUGUCAUGAAUGAUGGAUGUGCUUUGAUCUCGAGACCUCUUGCGAACCAAAUAUGCGAUCAAUUGGGCAUAACCGCCGCGACUCCUAGUUGCUUCCAGGGUAGAAUAGCAGGUGCUAAGGGCCUCUGGAUGGUUGAUUGCCACCAAUCUAGUAUCACUACCCUGAACGACGAUAAUAUCUGGGUUCAGAUCUCGGACUCACAGUUGAAAAUACACCCUCAUCCACAGGAAUGGGUCGACCCGGUUGACGACGAAAAGUUGACCUUCGAAGUUGUCAACUGGGCUAAGCCAUUACACCCCGUUGAUCUUAAUAUCCAGCUUCUUGCAAUUUUGGAAUAUGGAGGGAACGUGAAGGAGUACAUUGCUAAGCUCACGCGGGAUGGUGUACAGAGUCUUUACGACGACUUCCUUGAGGUUCUUCGAUCAAAUAGCCCCGUGGGUUGUCGAGCCCUGCUUCAGAAGCUCAGACCCUCCGGCGAGGAUGGAACUGGCAAAGCUCGACGAUUAGAGCAGUGGGUGACUAGUGAUGCCGAGUCUAUCAUUCGUUUCUCAGAGGCUGGCUUUGCCCCGCGCGAUUUUUUCCCCCUCCGGAUGAAGCUUCGCAAAUUCAUAACAUGGCUUCUUGAGCGACAUGUCGAAGAACUCAAAAUCCAGGUCCCUCUCUCAACUUACGCAUACUGUAUUGCGGACCCAUAUGGAGUUCUCGGACCGGAUGAAGUUCACUUUGGCUUCUCCAAUAAUUGGCGGGACCCACAGGGCCAGUUUGAGGACAACCUACUUGAUGGAGUAGAUGUUCUCGUGGGCCGACUUCCGGCUCAUUUGCCAUCUGAUAUUCAACGGCGCAAAGCCGUUUGGAAGACUGAACUACGUCAUUUUAAAGAUGUGAUUGUCUUUCCCACUACGGGAAACUUUCCUCUAGCCGGUAUGCUAUCUGGGGGAGAUUACGAUGGUGACACGCCGUGGAUCUGCUGGGAUCCUAUCAUUGUUGAGAGAUUCCAUAAUUCCCCAAUGCCCUCACAUGAGUAUCCUGUAGAGCAUUACGGGCUCACGAAACACUCCGUCCCGAUGGCCUCGCUGAAGUCGACGGAAGACUUUUUGGAAAGUGUGUUCGAUUUCAAUCUCAACCUUUCAAAUCUGGGUCGAUGUACUGUCGAGCAUGAGAAACUGGCAUAUGAUGAGUCAAUUAACUCUGCAAAAGCGAAAGAGCUGGCCUGUCUCUUGGGUCAUCUUGUGGAUGGCCGAAAAGGUGGAGUUCAUCUUUCGGAGCAAGCCUGGAAAGAAUACCGCAAAACCAUUAGCCCUAAGCAACGUGCGCUGCCCGCCUAUCGGAAUCCAGACCGCAGGUCCAAAUCGUCAAACAUCGUCGACUACCUCAAGUUUCACGUCGCACAUUCGGAGCUUCGUAGGAUUCUCUCGGGCCUCAACGAGGCAUUUCCCGAGAACGAUACCCAAAAUCAGUUCGAUGAUGACCUCAUUCGACCGUGGCGUGAAGCCGACGAAGCUUCCAAGAGCAAUUCCGAGCACAGUCAAGAUCUCAAAGACGCUCUCGCCGAAGUUCGAAGAUCGAUAGACGAGCUAUACAAGCAGUGGAACCAAGGACACUCUGCUUCGACUGGCGAUGAAUUCUCUCCCAUAUCACGCCAAGCUGCCGAGAAUGCAGCUGCGCUCGCUCCUCCCAACGCGGGCAAACACCCGCUCAUCCACACCUGGCAAAAUAGCCUCAAUGAGUGGCGACGGUUAGUAGCUUCAUAUGCCUACCGUCGAUGUCCAAACUCUCGGUUUAUCCUUCAUGCCUUUGGCGAGACAUUGUGCGAGAUCAAGGCGUCCGUCUCCCCAUCCCGCCUUGUCACUAAUGAGGUGAUCGCCUGCUACCGAGUGAACCAGAAAAUGGUGGCACAUCUCACAGCCAAUGAAUUGCCUGUAGAUGAGGUCGACGAUGUAGAUGAGUAUGAAGACGGGGAAGCCAUAGAAGCCAUGCUAUCUUUUUAG